AGGGGGCCGAGCCGGCUAAACUAAGCAGCGGCGUAAGGCAGGGCAGUGAGUGCAGAGCAGCAUAGUCCUCCGAAGCGACGGGUUGAGGACCCGGCUGAGCAAAAGACCGGAAGAGGCGGUCGACGGCGUAGCUGCGCGUUUACGUCACUUCCUCUAGGCGGGGUCAGUUACCCGCGCAAAUUGAAAGUCUGACCUUUACCGCGGAGCUGCUGCGAGGCUCAAGUGUUCUGGCCCAAGCCAAGGGAAACAAGCGUGUGGAAUGAGCUUGCGGCUGCGCCUGCGCAUUCGCAUCCCCUUGGGACCAAAGUAAAGUGGGCUGUAGCUGCAGUUCCUGUUCCUCGAGUGCCGGGGUGACCUCCUAAGUUGAUAUGUGCCAUAUGGCACACAGCCAUUCCUGCCAUGCUAAAGAGGAGAUGCUUACUCGAAGACAUUUACCUGGCCUAGAAGAAACGUACCUAAGUUUCAGGACAUGUGCAAUGUGUCUGUUUUCCUUACCGUGAUAGUAAAUUAUUUCAAAGUGUGGCUUGCAAACCACCUGCAUCCAGAUUGCCUGCGACGCCCCAGAACUAGUGCCUCAUAGUCACUAGGGGUGGAGUGGAACAUCGGAACUCUAUUACUGUGUCAGAAGGGUAGUUAAUUUGGCACAAUGGGGAUACAAGGAUUGCUGCUAUUUAUCAAAGAAGCUUCGGAACCCAUCCAUGUAAGGAAGUAUAAAGGGCAGGUAGUAGCAGUGGAUACCUAUUGUUGGCUUCACAAAGGAGCUAUUGCUUGUGCUGAAAAACUGGCCAAAGGUGAACCUACUGAUAAGUAUGUAGGAUUUUGUAUGAAAUUUGUAAAUAUGCUGCUGUCUCAUGGCAUCAAGCCUAUUCUUGUAUUCGAUGGAUGUACUUUACCUUCUAAAAAGGAAGUAGAGAGGUCUAGAAGAGAAAGACGACAGUCCAAUCUUCUUAAGGGAAAGCAGCUUCUUCGUGAGGGGAAAGUCUCUGAAGCCCGAGAAUGUUUUACUCGUUGUGUCAAUAUCACUCACGCUAUGGUGCACAAAGUUAUCAAAGCGGCCCGGGCGCUGGGGGUGGACUGCCUCGUAGCCCCCUAUGAAGCCGAUGCACAGCUGGCCUAUCUUAACAAAGCUGGCAUUGUACAAGCUAUAAUCACAGAGGACUCUGAUCUCCUAGCUUUUGGCUGUAAAAAGGUAAUUUUAAAAAUGGACCAGUUUGGAAAUGGACUAGAAAUUGAUCAGACACGCCUAGGAAUGUGCCGACAGCUUGGGGAUGUAUUCACUGAAGAGAAGUUCCGUUACAUGUGUAUUCUUUCUGGCUGUGACUACCUCUCAUCACUGCGUGGGAUUGGAUUAGCAAAGGCCUGCAAAGUACUGAGACUGGCCAAUAAUCCAGAUAUUGUAAAGGUUAUCAAGAAAAUUGGUCAUUAUCUCAAGAUGAAUAUAACAGUGCCAGAAGAUUACAUCAAAGGAUUUAUUCGAGCCAACAAUACUUUUCUUUAUCAAUUAGUUUUUGAUCCCAUCAAAAGGAAACUUGUUCCCUUGAAUGCCUAUGAAGAUGACAUCGAUCCUAAAACACUAACCUACGCUGGACAAUACAUUGAUGAUGCUAUAGCUCUCCAAAUAGCACUUGGAAAUAAAGAUAUAAAUACUUUUGAACAGAUUGAUGACUACAAUCCAGACACCGCAAUGCCUUCCCAAUUAAGAAGUCAUAGUUGGGAUGAAAAAGCAUGUCAAAAGUCAUCUUCUGUUAAUAGCAUUUGGAAUAGGAAUUAUUGCCCUGCAUUUGAGAGGGAUAUUGUUUCAGAUGUUGCACGAUUGGAAGAAAAGCCAAGUACUGUGGGCAUUAAACAUGUGAUUAGCACUAAAGGGUUAAACCUUCCAAGAAAGUCAUCCAUGGUGAAAAGACCAAGAAGUGAAGAGCUGUCAGAAGAAGACUUGUUGAAUCAGUAUUCUCUUUCAUCUCCAAAGAAGACCAAGAAAAAUGGCUGUGAAAAUAAUAAAUCCUCGAACUCUUCUGAAAUGUUUGUGCCUGACCUAGGAAAAGGAACUAUUCAGACAAAAAGCUUAAAUACACCGCCUACAACAAGAAAUAAAUUUGCAACAUUUUUACAAAGAAAAAACAAAGACAGUGGUGCAGUUAUAGUCCCAGGGACCAGAAGCAGGUUUUUCUGCAGUUCCCUGGAGUCUUCUGACUGUAUAUCAAAGAAGGUAAGCAGCCAGGCUCCAAAUGAAACAGUUGUCAGCAGAAAUGUGGCCGGUGUCAGUGAAUCAGACUGUCCAAACUCAGAAAGCAAGAAGCUGGUAGAUGCAAAUGUAGCACAUAAUUCAAGCGAUCACAUUCCCCAUGAUGGGACUGUGUUUGCCGAUGAAGAGCCUCAGUCUCCUAAGACUAGCAAAUUCACAAGGAAUGUUUCACCACCCACUCUGGGGACGCUAAGAAGUUGUUUUAGUUGGUCUGGAAGUCUUGGAGAAUUUUCAAAAUCUCCGAGCACCCCUUCAAACCCAAGAACAGCAUUACAGUGGUUCCAAAGAAAAAGCGAGUCCCCGUGCUCCCUGCCUAAAGACAAUACACUGUCUGAUAGUUCUCAGUCAAAGAGUGAUCAGGCAGGUGAUGAAUUGCAGCCCUCCUAUGAAGUGGAUUUGCCUGCACAGUCUCAGGACAAUAUGGAACUGUCACCACACAGUUUAAAUGCAUCGGAGCUUUCUCAGCCUUCUAGUAAGGAUUCCGAUUCAGAGGAAUCUGACUGUAAUAUUAAGUCACUUGAUAAUCAAGAUAAUCAGAACUCCAAGCAACAUUUAUCUCAUUUUUCAAAGAAAGAGAUACUUCUAAGGAAUAAGGUUCCUGGGCUGUAUAAAUCCACUUCUAUGGACUCUCUUUCUACCACCAAAAUCAAAGCUGUGGUUCCUGCCAGAGUCAGUGGGCUGAGCAAGAAGCCAGCAAGCAUCCAAAGGAAAAAUCAUCAUAAUGCCGAGAACAAGCCAGGUUUACAGAUAAAAAUCAGUGAGCUCUGGAAAAAUUUUGGGUUUAAAAAGGAUUCUGAAAAGCUUCUGUCUUGUAAAAAGCCCCUGUCUCCAGUCAGAGAUAACAUCCAGCUGACUCCAGAAGCCGAAGAGGAUGUAUUCAGUAAACCUGAAUACACGCACGUCCAGAGAGCGAUCUUCCAGUGAACACGGACUGGCUGCAGGGAGGCUGUUGCUUCGGGAAGGUUCUGUCCGCUGGAACUCUGUGUUCGGAAGUGAGGCGAUUACCAGCCUGAAAGAUUGGUUUUUAGGUGACAUUUCAGAAAUGGAAUACAUUUUGUAUAUUAACUGUGUAAUUGUUUCUUUCACUCGGUUUUUUAUAUUUUCAUAAAAAGCUAAAUAGAA